GUCGUAGCUCCGCCGAAGUCUUCGCCCGCGACGAUAAGGUGCGGAGGAGAUCGGAGAGAUGAUACUUUGACGGAAGUCGCUAAUCUCCCGGAUUCGCCACCGUUCACUACGGAAACGACUCCAUGGAACGAAUUGAGAGCUCUACUACUACUACUACUACAUAUCCAAGCAUCAUCAGCAACAUUAAUCCUCUAGUUGGAAUGGAGGGACGUGCAAUUGCAGUGAUCAGCUUGCUGUGUCUAUAUGCUACUCCGGAUUCCAUCAAUGGCAAUGAUGUUCGUAUGAUUGGGAAUCUAUGGCCCAUCCGGCAGCGGGAAAGCCACCGUCGCCAUGGCCGUUUACAACGCAAUUCUCAUCCGAAUUCCGAGUCCAGCACUUACAUUGCCAGCCUCGGGGAAGCCUCCACAACACGGAUAAGGCUGUUUCGAUUGCAGAGAAGCAGCUGGCCUACGAAAUUGAUGGUGAAAGGAGUACAGUACUCUGUCCACGCUCAGCACCUAUAGUGUUCCAAAUCAACCUGCUGCUUGCUCCGGUUGCAAGGUGUACGGCUCCGGCUAGAGCUUGAAGUGUUAACAAUGCGAUCUCCGGCUGCAUCAUGAAUUUCUUUUGGUCCUCCACGUUUAAGAGCCUCGUCCCCCUCAACAUGGAGAGCUAGCUCUGUUUCUCUUCCGGAACAGGAGACCUGGUUUUGACUAGCACUCUCAACUGUGCUCCACCACCACCACCCGUAGUUCCGACAAAAGUGAGGUAAAUCGCGCCGCGGCGGCUUAUGGGAUUUAAAUCAUAUUAAAAGAAGCCGCGGAAGGCGGCAGCUACCCUGAAUUGCUAUAUAUUUUCGCUCCGAAGGCCAGCAAUUCGACCCCCUCCAUUUCCUUUCUAGUUCCUCUUCUAGUUCCUGUCCGCCGAUCAUUCAUUUAUCUACUUCGCCGAUGACAGUCUCUCGCCCUGAAUCUCCGAGUUCUUCUUCUUCUUCUUCCUCGUCGCCAUCUCCGGCAGCUGAUGACGCUCGGAAGUACGAGGUGUUCGUGAGCUUCAGAGGGGAAGACACCCGCCGGAGUUUCACCAGCCAUCUCUGCGACGCGCUCUCCUCGAAAUUAGGUGUUGCGCUGGUCUACAAGGACGACUUCAGCCUCGAGAGAGGCGCGUCCAUUGAGCCCGAGAUCCUGAGAGGGAUCGAGGAUUCCAGAAUCGCGGUCGUCGUCUUGUCCAAGAACUACGCCGAUUCCAGCUGGUGUCUCGACGAGCUGGUUCACAUCCUCCGCUGCCGGAAGCUCAAAGGUCACCGGGUGAUUCCGGUUUUCUACGAGGUGGAUCCGUCGGACGUCGGGAGACAGAGGAGGAUCGGGACCAACAACGGCUUCGUGGAAGCUGUUGGUGGAGACGACGAAUUUCUUGGUGAGAAGGUGGGGAGAUGGAGAGAUGCUCUCGCUGAAGUCGCUAAUAUCUCUGGAUUCACUACUACUGCCUACAGAAAUGACUCGGAAAUGAUAAAGCAAAUUGUAGGGAAGAUAUGGGAGGAACUGAGUUCCACAUUCGCGAGUAUCAGCAAAGCUUUGGUUGGUAUGGAUCAACGUGUGGAAGAAGUAAUCCGCUUGUUACAUUUGGAUGCAAAUGCUGAGCGGGAUGAUGAAGAUAAUGAUGUUCGUAUCAUUGGAAUCAGUGGGAUGGGAGGCAGUGGCAAAACCACCCUCGCCAUGGCCAUUUAUGACACAGUUCGGUCUCAAUUCCAGUCCAGCACUUAUCUUCCAUGUGUGGGAGAAGCAUCUAACACUCACUCGGGGAUUCUUCAACUGCAGAAGCAGCUGUUCGGCGAAAUUGCUGGGAAUGCUAUGAUGUUAAGUAGGGAAGAAGUAGCUUGGCCGAAGGUUGGAGGAAAGGAAAGGCUAAGGAGGGCAUUUAGAGGGAAGAAGCUGCUUCUUAUUGUGGACGAUGUCACCCACCAGAAACAGCUGCAGCACUUGGCUGUGGAGCGUUCUUUUUUCGGUUUAGGAAGUCGUAUCGUUAUAACCUCCAGAGACCAACACCUGCUGAAUGCUCAGAAGGUGGAUUCUGUAUACCAGACUCGAUUGCUGGAUGCAAAUGAAGCUCGUGUGUUGAUAAGCCGGGAGGCUUUUGAGCAAGAUGAACCGACUGAAGGUUUCAAGGAGUUGUGUGAGCAUAUUAUCAGUUAUGCCGGCGGGCUUCCCUUGGCACUGGAGGUGUUGGGUUCUUUGCUAAGUGGGAGAAGUUCUAGUGAAUGGAGAAGUACAAUUAAAAAACUGAAGAAAAUCCCACCGGGAGGAAUUCUAGAGGUACUUCAAGUGAGUUAUGAUGCACUAGAUGAAGAAGAACAAGAGAUAUUCCUAGAUGUUGUGUUCUUCUUUCAUGGUUGGCGUCGAAGAGAAACUGUGAUCCCUAUACUUGAGAGCCUCUACCUAGGUGCUGAGAUCGGGAUAAGGAACCUGACUGAUAAGGCACUGAUAGAAACUAGACUGAAAAGAUUCUCCACUCACGAUUUGUUAAAAGAGAUGGGGAAAUCAAUUGUCUACUCAAAAAGUCCAAAUCACCUGGGGAUGCGCAGUAGAUUGCAGGGGUAUGAAGAUGUUCGUCAUGUGCUUACAACAGAAACGGGAACUGAAAAUGUGAAAGUUAUAUCUUUGCUUCCAAGUCAAAAUGCCCAGAGUGUAAUAGACUGUGGUGGGGAAGCCUUUACGAAGAUGUCCAGUCUAAGAUUGCUGGCUUUGUCAGGUGCACAAAUCAAGCAAGGACCAAGCUGCCUAUCUAAUGAGCUACGAGUUCUGGUUUGGAAGUCAUACCCUUCUGAAUCGCUGCCGCCUAGUUUCAACCCAUGCAACCUUUUUGUGCUGAAUUUGUUAGACAGCGAUCACCUGAAGCAACUCUGGCAUGGAAGCAAGACCAUGUUGCAUCUAAGAGAGUUGUGGCUUGACAAUUGCAAUAAUUUGGUUGAGAUCCCAGAUUUUGCCGAAAUGCCUAACCUCGAGGUUUUGAAUCUUCAAGGGUGUGGAUCAUUGCUCGAGGUUCCCUCGUCAUUUGGACAUCUCAAAAGACUUGAGAUGGCAAAUCUGAAUGGUUGCAAGAGCCUGAAGCUCUUCCCUACGAGCAUUGAAACAACCUCUCUGAAAAUUCUGAGCCUGAAGGGAUGCAUCAAGCUGAAGACGUUCCCAAGCAUUCAUGGCGAUAUGGACUAUUUGGCUGAGCUCCAACUCGAAGGUAUUGGGAUCCAACAUCUUGAUUCGACGAUCCAACAUUUGGCCGGGCUGAAGAGGUUGAUUCUUGACAAUUGUCAGAAUCUCGAAAGACUUCCCGACACGGUGGUCUGCUUAACUUCACUGGAAGUGCUAUCUCUGGAUGGUUGUGGUAGCUUGAAAGAGUUGCCACCUUCGCUACGAUGUUGUGUUCGCCUGCAGGAACUGUCAGUGCAAGGUUGUGUGAAGCUUCGAUCUUUGCCCGAGCUUCCGCAACAGAUUGAGAGGGUGUAUGCGAAUGGUUGCAAGUCCUUGGAGAGUCUUCCUGAUACAUUAAACUUUCGAAAUGGACUGAAUAUACAGUGCUAUGGUUGCCUCAUGUUGGAUCAACCUCAGAAGUCAGCUUGGAGGAUACUCAAAAGAUACCUCCAGGGCAUUCCUCAUCCGCAACAAAAGUUUUCAGUUCUGAUUCCGGCUGGAACUGACAAAAAUGCGUGGUCGUACCAUCGAGUCCAGCGGUGCUUAUCUUCGAUUGUGAUGGGGAUGAUGAUGCAGCGCCCUGUUGGUGAUAAUGAUGAUGAUGAUGCUACAUAUUGGAUUGGGACUGUGGCGGUUAUUUGUUUCCGUGGGAGUGAUAACACCCACGAACCGACCACCAGCACCACCCGGAAUUGCGAUGUCUGCUCCUUUGUUACCAAUUUGGGAGCUGUGGCUCUACCAGAGCUACCACAUUCUGGACGAGUAACUGACAGUAUUUGGUUGACCUACAUUCCUAGGGACGCUGUCCGGUUGUAUAUCGGAGAUGGAAUGGAAGAGGAUUUCGAGGUGCGCGUUCAUGGCAAGUGCCCGCACUUGGAAAUCCAGAGUUGUGUCAACAAGAACGUCUACACCCACGACCUACAUGGGGAUGUGGGUAUGCCUGAUGUUGACUUGGCGAUGUCGUCGUUAAUUCCGAUGAUGACAAGGCGUUUUACCAUCAUGAAGAAGCGGAGCUCUCCUCUGAUAUAUGACGAUGAUGAUGACGGUGAGGCAGUUCGAGUAUUUGGGUAUAAAAGACCGAGGUUUUGGUAAAUGCCUUCCUUUCACGAUUGCGCCGUUUUUUGAAGGCGCAACCAAGUCGUGGCGUGACCCUCUCUUAUAUGCGCGUAUAACUAGGGGUGGCAAAUGGACUAAAUUUGUGGAUUUGGUUUCGUUGAUUCCAGCAUCGAAUUGGGAUGGAUUCGUGUGUACAACUUGUAAUACAACAUUGGUGCAGAUAGAGAAAUGUGUAGCAGGAAAGAAUGUAGAGCCACGAAUAUCAGGGUGCUAGAAACAAUACAAGGUAUUCAUGUUGUAUGUUGUCGUUGAAUCACUGAAACAAAAUCAACAAUACAAGGAACCAAAAUGGACGGUGUGUUCAUGUUGGUGGUGUCGUUGAACUUGAAUCACUGUGAAACUUGAUCUCAGCCAUCAAAAUUGCACACUUCGAUGGCUGAGAUCAUGCAAAGCAACGCAAUACAAUGUCGUCAUAAACUCUUGCUUAUCAUUAUCCUACUCAGUUCUAUAAUAAGAAAUCUAAUUGCAAAGAGCUCGUCACAUUUAAG